CGAUCGACGCCGCGUGCAGCACCAAUUGCACUAGCAUAGGACACAUCCUCCCCUUCUCCUAAAAAAAAAAGGAAAAUGCUGAGUGAGAGUGAGUACCACCUGGUGGUCGUCGCCUUCCAAUCCAUGGACCACGGCGGCAUCGGCCUCAUUCCGCUUAGCGAAGUGAAGCAGCGCUACUUCGCACACGCGCACCCACGCGUGAAGGAAGGCAAGAUGGCUCCCUCCGCCGCACGAGACACCCUCGACCACCACUUUGGUCUCUGCGCGGCGGACCACGACGGCGGCAUCACCUUCGACGAGUUCCUCGCGUACCAUGAAAAAAUCGCCGACGAGGCCUACGAUGAGCAAGUCGGUGACAUUCCGGCCUUUACGGAGCGCACAAUCACGGAGCUGUGGAGGUUGGGGGACGUUCUGCUGCCCACCGGGGUACGACCGCUUUUCUCUAUUUCCCAGGCCCCAUCUGCUCUUUACGCCGUCACUCCUAUGACUUUGGUUUGGGUAGAGCGGCGAUCACAGCAGCAGCAGCCUGCAGUGGCCUCGUCCUCCUCCGCAAAAGUGACUCCGACUGCUGGUCGUGGCGACUUGAGUGCUUUGUUCGUGCUGCGUGGUAUCAAGGAUGUGGUUCGCCCCACCUUCUCUCGCGGGGACCUUCCAGACGAGCUGCAAGGUUACUUCGCCUACCCGGAGGAGCUGACCGGGAUGGCGGUGGAGUACCUGCCGCCGCAGAUAUCGAUGCAGAACUGGUACGAUUUCUGCUGGGAGUACGCCGACAACAAGUACUGCGGUGUGGAGGGCAUUAUCUCCACCCGGGUGGAUCGGGAGCUGCUGCCGGCGGGUCUACGGCAGUUCCUGUGCACCCACAGCACCGCCAUCGCACGCCAGACGCAGUGGAUUCCGUCGCGGCAGGCGGUGAAUCCAAUGUACAAGAAGACGAGCACCUCUUACGGCGUCGGCGUCACGGAGGAAUGCAGAAGGAUUCAUUACUGGAAGGUGAACACCUUUGCAGGGAAGCAGUAUGGCAAUCAGUAUCACGGACUGUGUGGGAAGCAGUUUUCGAAGGCGGCCGGACCAGUAAAGUCGAGCGCCGCAACCGGGAUGAAUAUAUGA